AGGGACUAGACAGAGCGCGGAAGCUAAACACUGCAAGCGCACACGAGCGCUAAGUGUAUAUUUUGCCGAUGACUGGAGCUGAUUUUCCAGAGCCCCAUAGCACUUGUUAGUCCAGCUUGUGAAGAAAAUUGGCUUCAGUAUUUGUCCCACUGAAUGGGGGGAUAAGGGAACAUGGCUGGAGGCGACUUGUGGGUACAGUUGAUUUGAAGAUUUUCUUUCAUGUCACAGCUGAUAAACAGGGAAUAAGAUCCAUGAGAGGAGGUACUGAAUUUCAGACAGAACACAAUGCAGUGACAAAUACAAGUAGGAAGAUGUUUCCAUUUGGUAAGGAAGAAUCUGCAUCCCUGGAAGAGCUCUUCCACUUUUUCUGUGAAUGUGUGCAGAGAGGAGAGUGGGAACUUGCACAGGCCUGCAUUCCCCAGUUACAUCAGUGGAAGGAUGGCUCUGAAAAAGUGGAAAGAAUUCUGUAUGCUCUAGUUACCUGCCCUUCCCAGUUCAGGUGUGGACCUAAUCAAAGUCCUCAAAAACUUGCUUGGUUUUGGCUCCUUGUGCUGCAGAAGUGGCUGGCAUGGGAUCAGAAAACUUUACCAGUAUCUAUCAAAAGAGAAACUGAAUUCUUGCUUCUCUUAGAAGAACUGGAAAAGAAUGUCCCACAUACUGUUCUAAAGGAGUUGUAUGAAAUUUUUGAAGACAGACAUUCGAAUAGGAAACAAAGGGAUGUAUCCAUACAGAAAUUCAGUGCAGAAGCAAUCUCAGCUCUCCAAAAAAUGCUGCUGCAGGCUCCCCGGAAGCUGCAGGCUGUAUUACAACUUCUUCAGAGAGAUCCUGCUGAACACGGCUCUGUGCUGCCUGAUAGUUUCUCACCACAACACGUCUUAAUUGACUUUCUCUGGGAUUCCCUGAAAUAUCUGAAGCGCCUUCAGCUAAAUCCCAAUUUAGCAGAAGCAGAUCAGACCAAGGCUGUCGAUGAAAUCUAUACUGCCCUUAGCCUGGUGAAUGUGGAGGUAGAGAGUCAGACUGGAGAGCUGCGCCUUCUCUGCAGAGAACUUCUGGAUGCCUGUUGGGCUGAACGCAGCCCACUGAGCGAAGAAAGGUUACUGAGCUGCCUCUUCAGGAAAGGCAGCCGCACCUUGCUCAACCUCUUCAGCAGUGUGUUUCUUGAGAAGAUGAGAGAGAAGCUGCUAGGACCAAAGUCUCCAGGCAAAGGUUCAUCAGAACAGUUGGAUGCUGAGCGGGCAGUGAUGGCAUUGUUCUUGGAUCGCGAGCCGACAUCUUCUUGGAAAACUGGCUAUUUCUAUUGUCUCAGUAGCAGCAAGCACUUUUUGGAACAAGUUCUGAUCACAGCAUUAUCAUUAUUAAAAAGGGAAGAUUUCUCCAGCCUUAGCAGUUUGUUGAGGCGGGAAUUCAAAUACCUCAGUCGCCUUGUGAUAUUACUAGGAUGGACUCAAUGUCGUAGUAUUGAAUCAGCAAAAAUGCUGCUCUGGACUCUUCACAAAUCUCAGGACUCCUUCAAUGACUCAGUAUUAAAAGAUUUCUGUGAUGGGCUGUGCACUCAAGUUGAAGUUCUCGAGUGGUGCAUACAACAAAAUAGUAAUAUUAUCCCAGAGAAGAUUCUUCUGCAGUACUUGCACAAUUUGGACUGCCACUCUUCCUUAUACCUUCUCCAUCAUCUUACCAAUCUGUUGAUGUUGAAUGAAGAAGCUGUCAUUGAGCUUCUGCAGAAAAUUCCAGGCAAGGCCACAGAAGCGGAAGUAUGCAGCUUGUCCAAGUUUACACAGAUCACAGCAUUAUCAUUAUUAAAAAGGGAAGAUUUCUCCAGCCUUAGCAGUUUGUUGAGGCGGGAAUUCAAAUACCUCAGUCGCCUUGUGAUAUUACUAGGAUGGACUCAAUGUCGUAGUAUUGAAUCAGCAAAAAUGCUGCUCUGGACUCUUCACAAAUCUCAGGACUCCUUCAAUGACUCAGUAUUAAAAGAUUUCUGUGAUGGGCUGUGCACUCAAGUUGAAGUUCUCGAGUGGUGCAUACAACAAAAUAGUAAUAUUAUCCCAGAGAAGAUUCUUCUGCAGUACUUGCACAAUUUGGACUGCCACUCUUCCUUAUACCUUCUCCAUCAUCUUACCAAUCUGUUGAUGUUGAAUGAAGAAGCUGUCAUUGAGCUUCUGCAGAAAAUUCCAGGCAAGGCCACAGAAGCGGAAGGUAAAUUGUGUUCAGCAGUGGUGCCAGUUUCUGCUCUUGUGAGCCAGCAACGCAAUCUCAUUCUUUUUCAGGCAUUUUGUGCCAUGAAAUAUGCUAUCUAUGCACUCUGUAUCAACGCACACAAAGUUUCGGACUGCAAGGACUGCACAAGAUUCUUAAUCAGAGAUCUCUCUGAUAAGUCACCUGAGGAAAAUGAAUCUGCAGAUCAGCCUCUUAGUCCAGAUUCCAAGAAGAGAACAUCCAGCUCCCUGGUGGAGAGUACAAGCAGUGAAUUGAGUAUCACUAGUGCAUCUGUAAAUAUAUGGGGCUCCUUAAUUCCAUUGUGUCAGGUUGCUGCCAUGUUUGGUUUGGAGAAUUCUGCUUCCUGUGGUGAGCUGAUUUUCUUAGAACGCUAUCAAGAAGUGACCAGAGAACUGGCAAAAGUGGAAGAUAAGAUUGAGCAUCAGUCAUCUGAGGGAUCUGGAAAUCUCAAGCAAUCUGGCAGUGGCUGUUCAACACUGCAGGCUAUUGGGAAUGCGGCAGCAGCAGGAAUGGUGUUUUACUCCAUUUCGGAUGUUACUGAUAAGCUGCUUGCUCCUUCCGAAUGCUCAGUCCCUAUGCUCCAGGAGAACUUCUGGACUAGCAGUGUCCAGCUGGAGCACAGUGAUCCCCUAAGGGAUGUCCUGGAGGGCCUCUGCCCCUCUGCUAUGGCCAUAUUUGAUUUGGCAUCUACUCAGUGUCACUUGUGGAAAACUGGCAAACACCUCUUAGAAACUGCAGAAAGAAGGUUGAAUACUAGCCUGGAAAUGAAGGGUAGAAGACUUGAUUCUGUUCUCCAGUGCCCUGAGGGUUUGAAGGGUUUCCCAGCAGUUCUUCAACAAAUAAGUAAAAUUAUCAAUAUACCACAAGGACAACCUAAAUCAGAAAUCUCAGAUGAGAAAAUAAGCAGUCACUUCCACUGCAGUAUUGCUGAUCUGCUGCAGACCUGUUACCCUGCCCUGACUGAGGAUUGUAUUACUAAUCAGGUUGUUUUAUCACAGCACUUUGACCAAAUCCUGGAAAAACUGGCACAUGUAGAAGAUUCUUCAGAUUCAAAAGGGAACUUACUUGCCACUUUGGUGGAACAGGCUUCUUUGAAACCUGCAGAUUUAGAGGCACACCCAGUAUAUAAUCAAAUCAAACUUCUGUUGAAAACUUUGGAUCAACAUGCUGAGACCAUGGAAGAGAGCCAGACGCAGAUUCCAUAUGUACAAAAAUUCUUUGAUUAUAUUAACAGGUUGGCUGCUGUUGUCAUCCGAAGCAUCACUCCAGAACUAGAUCAAUCUGCUGAGGUACAAGUGGGAAACCCUUUCAUACUAUUACAGCAGAGUCCCUCCCAUUUGAUGUCUCAACUUUUGUUUGAAAAACAAGUUGCUCCUGACAAAUUGUCUUUGCUGCUUACCAAAGAAGAACUGAAUUUAAAUGUUCAGCAAGUUAUAAUUAACUGUUGCUGUAAGGCAUUGCCUUUGUGCAGGACCAGACAAAGCAGCCAGGCUAGGUCCCUUUUGACCAAUAUUAGCAGUCUAGCACACUUGCAUGCAUAUCAUUGCCUGCCUGAUGUUGAGGUGCCAGUCCAUAAUCCAGCCAUGGACUCAGAGGAUAUGUCCAGCGACCCCUCAUCUACUCUGCCUAGCCAGAACCAGCACAUGCUCACAGCAUCCACCCUCAGUUUCUUGAAGUGUCAGUCAAAACUUACAGCUGUUGUGGCAUUUUUGAAUGUGUCAAGAGAUGUGUCAAAAGUACAACGAACUCCCAAACAGAGCCUUUCAUGGAUGGAGUUUCGAGGCAAGCGGGAAGUGCCCUUGUCUAUGGAGCAAAUUUCCAAGGAAUGUGAUGCACUCUUGAAGGAAUUUCCAUUCUUGGAGAACUUUUUGCUGACCAUGUGUGAACCCCUGCUGGACUCGCAGGAUGAGGGCAAAAAUUCGGCCAGUGGACUUUGUGGAAAUUCUUGUAUCUCUUUGAUUUUCUUGGGAUUGCAUUCUUACAAGGCAGCUGAAGUGUUAACAGAGACCUUUGAGCAAGCAUUAAUGGCAAGAGACUGGUCCAGAGCCCUGAAGAUCUUGGAUCUCUAUAGCCAGGAUAUGGAAGAGCUAAUCACCGUGCGGGAUGCUGUGCUGAGUUGUGCUGCCGCUGAUGAUAAAAGAGGCUGGCAAUACUUGUUCCCAGUUAGAGAUGCUAUGCUGAGGAGCAGGCUGGCCCUCCGCUGUCUGGAUAGGUGGCCCCUAGAAGCUUGUCUGGAAAUCCUAGCAUACUGUGCUUCUGACCCAGAGGUAUCUGAAGAACUCAGAACUGAUCUGCAGUGCAAAACGAGAGAGCUGCAGGUGUACCAUAAGAUUCUGAAUCUACAAGAUGUGACAGUGUGGCAAGACUGGCAGGAUCUAAAAAGAGCUUGUACUGAGGAACCCCAGGCCAUUAUAAAGAUGAUUCUAGAGGCAAAGGAGUAUGAAUUAUGUGAAGAAUGGGGCAACUUGUAUCCUGUUUCCAGAGCUAAUUUAAUCAACCUCCAUCAAAAGCACCUUCUUCAUUUGUUGGAGAUGGGAGAUAUGGAAAAAGCAUUGCAGCUCCUACAGAGGAUAGAAGAUCCAGACAUUCAACUUGUCAUAUGUGAAAAGUGUCUUGAUCAACACCCCAGCUUGGCAGCUUCUCAUUUCCUUGCAGAUUAUCUCACAACAUACUUUUAUAAGCAUUUAACUGUAAUGCGCCAUAAUGAAAUUCAGGCUCUUUUCAUGGGAUCAAAGGUGUUACUUACUCUUCCUGAGCCUUACCGUGCAAACUACUCCCAUCUGUCCUGCAGGCCACUGCUCAUGCUGGAGCAACUCUUGAUGAAUAUGAAAGUGGACUGGGCAGCUGUGGCUGUACAGACCCUGCACCAGCUCUUAACUGGGCAAGAGAUAGGCUUUGCUGUAGAAGACAUUGAUGCUUUGCUCUCCGAGUAUGCUGGGAAAGCCCUUGACUUUCCUUUCUCACUAAAAGAGAAGAGAUCAGAUUCUGUGAUUCAGAUUCCAGAAUGCCUGUAUCGGGGAUCUGAGUCUGACUUGUCCAAGUCAGAAUCAACGGAACAGUUUCCAGUUAGCUUUCCUGAAACCACACGUUGUUCUAGCCCAGGAGAGAAAAGCAUACAGCAAACCUUCUCUCCACAGGAGUUUAUGCCCCCAGAGAAGCCCCCGCCAAAACAGGACUGGAUUCCAGAUGAAGCUGAAGACACAUGCAUGGUUUGCAAAACUGAACGUUUCACUAUGUUUAAUAGACGGCAUCACUGCAGACGUUGUGGGAGGUUGGUGUGCAAUUCCUGUUCUACCAAGAAAAUGGUGGUAGAAGCUUGUUGGGAAAAUCCCACUCGUGUGUGUGACCAGUGCUAUGCUUAUUGCAACAAGGAAUCUUCAACUUUAUUGCCCCAUGAUACAGAAGUUUCCGAAGAAGAAACUGGGGAACAACAACAAGAGGAGUCCUCUGAUAAUGAACAUCGCGAUUACUCUGCAGUGGUGCGAAUACCAAAGAUGGCUGAAAUUGAGUGGCUUCUUUCUUUGAGGGAAGAAGAGAAUGACAUUGUGCGCAGUGAGUUUUAUUAUGAACAGGCUCCCAGUGCAUCCUUGUGUAUUGCCAUCCUCAAUCUCCACUCAGACAGUGUUGCCUGUGGUCACAAGUUGAUAGAACACUGUUGCAAACUGUCCCGAAGCCUGAGAAACCCCGAAGUGGAUGCUGGUCUCCUUAUGGAUAUCAUGAAACAGUUGCUUUUCAGUGCCAAAAUGAUGUUUGUAAAAGCUGGAAGGAGCCAGGACUUAGCUCUUUGUGACAGUUAUAUCAGCAAAGUGGAUGUCUUGAAUAUUUUAGUAGCUGCAGCAUAUCGUCAUGUACCAUCUCUGGAUCAGAUACUACAACCUGCAGCAGUCACUAGGCUAAGAAAUCAACUUUUGGAAGCAGAAUACUAUCAACUAGCUGUGGAGGUUUCUACAAAGACUGGACUGGAUCCAGCUGGAGCAUGGCAUGCAUGGGGCAUGGCUUGUCUUAAAGCUGGUAAUCUACCUGCUGCCAGAGAAAAAUUUAACCGAUGCCUGAAGCCACCACUUGAUUUGAAUCAGCUAAAUCUGGGAUCAAGACUGGUCCAAGAUGUGGUACAGUAUCUGGAAUCCUCAGUGAAACCCAUUCUCUCUGUGCCAGAUGAUGACUACUUUGCCACUUUGAAGGAACUGGAAGCUACACUGAGGACACGAAGCCUGUCUCUGGAGAUGACACCUGAAGGGAAGAUUCAACACAAUACCUAUUAUCAAGAGUGCCUCUUUUAUUUACACAAUUAUGGCACCCAUCUAGCAAUUAUCAGUUUUUACAUGAGGCAUGAUUGCAUGCGAGAGGCACUGUUGCAUUUGUUAAAUAAGGAGAGUCCGCCAGAUGUGUUUAUUGAAGGAAUCUUUGUUCCGACCUAUAAAAGUGGAAAACUUCACACGUUAGAGAAAUUACUGGAAACCAUUGAUCUAGGUCUAGAGAGCUGGGGUGCCUACCUCACUGCAGCUUGCAAACAUUUGCAGAAGAAGAACUACUACCAUAUUUUGUACGAAUUGCAGCAGUUUAUGAAGGAUCAAGUCCGUGCUGCUAUGACCUGUAUCAGAUUUUUCACUCACAAUGCAAAGUCUUACACUGAACUGGGAGAAAGACAAAAAUGGCUUUUGAAGGUCAAGGAUCACCUUAAAAUUUACCUACAGGAAGUUUCACGCAGUUCAGGAAGGAAAAAGACUGCCUGCACUUUCCAUAAGAAAAUGUCUGCUCCAGAUGUAUCAAGGCAUAUCAAUACAGUUGAGCUUCAGAUGGAAGUAACAAAAUUCCUCCAUCGAUGUGAAAAAGCAGGGGCCUCCUCUGUGCCUGUCUCGACUGUGCCCACACUCUUUGGGAACACCCAAAUGAAGAUAGAAGUGGCUUGCAAGGUCAUGUUGGAAGGCAAAAACAUAGAAGAAGGCUUUGGCAUUGCAUUCAGAGUUUUACAGGACUUCCAGCUGGAUGCUGCUGCUAUAUACAAUGAAGUGGCCAGACAGCUGGUGAAGCAGAAGAACUACAGUGAGAUCCGACAGUUCCUCAAAUGCAUCAAGGAAUCUGGUGCGGCAAAUAAAAAUGAUGGGGACAAUGUCAUCCUAAACUGCCUGGAUGAGUUCCAGUCUAUUCCUGCUGAGGAACUGGAUAAUCUGAUCCAGGAUAUGGAGAAUGAUGAAAAUAAGAUCCAAGCAUAUUUGAAAUGCCACAAGUUACGUUCUGCCUACCUAGUGUCAGUGAAACAGGAAAACACUAGAGCUUUGCAGUUGGUCCAGCAUGUACGCCAGUUGGCUGAGGACAGUGGGGAAGAUGUGGUGCAGGCCAUUUGCACCCAGUGGCUUUCAGUGCACCAGACGAAGCCAAGAAGCUGGCUCACCCAACCCUCAAAGAAGUGACUACCAGGAAGUAGUGGUUGUUCACAAUUUGCUUGCUUUAAAGGGAAGGGAAAACUGCAUUGUGCUGAUCACAACAACUUAAUCUGCAGUUUGAUUCCUGCAAUGAAAGGGAAAGAAUCGGAUUCCUAAAAGUGCCAAUCCUGUCCUUGUGACAACCAACUACCUCUGCAUCCAGCUGUUUCUUCUUUUCCCUUCUCUUGCUGCUUCUCCACUUGUCAGUUCCUGCUUCAGCCACAUAUUCUUUUCUUACCAUUAAGCUAUGGUCAUACCUGGAGCAUUCUUUUACUCAUUCAGAGCCACAGCAACUCAAUAUAAUUAGGAAUACUUUUUUGUGUUUGACUCAAAGUCAUUUUUCAGACCAAAAAAAAAACCCCACAAACAAACAAAAAGAAAGAAAAUACAGGGUUGUAAAUUUGGAAACAUGUUUUAUAGUUAACAGAUAGCAUUGCCUCAUGUGCUUUCUUUUCAUACAGCAGUACGUAUGAGGUAUUUUUUUUUCCUGUUAAGUAUUGCAAGACAAUGAUCAACUGUUGUGGUGGGAAAGCAUCUGGCAUGUACUCAGAUAGCCUGACUUGUGGAAGGGGAAAGUGCUACACAAAUUGCUUGGCUGAAAAAUAGUACUUCAAUACAAUCUGCUGUAUGUAGCUUUUCCAUUGCUGGAAGAGAGGGGAGUCUUAAGGACCUUAUAACUAACUAGUCGUACAAAUGAAAUGGUUAAAUAUACUGUAUUAAAAUGAAACCAGAACAUCAAAAUUGUUGCUACAUUACUGCCUGGAUACAUUAAAGCCCUUGCACCAGAAUGGAAACUCUUCUAAAAUAUGCCAUCUUCAUGAUAAAAAUACAUCUUUUUUGUGUGUGCCUUUCCUUGAAUGUUCACUGUGGCAGCCCAAACAAACAUUGCAGAAUAGUAAUACUUCUGUAGAUGGAAUGACAUGAUUUGCCGCCUCUUGUAUGAAUGUGAAUUAAUUGGAAGGAGAAAACCAGGACAUUUUUAUUUGGGUGAGCCGUUAAUGGAAUCCCAGGAAUUGCCUGCUUUAAAUCUCUGGAUGAAAUGGUUUGUGUAGCAACUGCACUAUUAAUAUUUUCCAAUUCAGGGUUGGAAAUUGAUGACAAAAAGCAGAGCUCCUCUUGUAUUUAAAGAUAAGAGUUGUAAUAGGGAUCUGCGCAUAAACACAGGAUGAUGAGGAUGGUAAUGCCAGAUUAAAUAAAUGAUGGAGAUGCAAUCUGAAAUGGGUUGGUGGUGGUUAUUUGCCCCAAGUCCAAUUAGAACUUGGCGCACAUGCUUUUUUGUGUGUGGAAGGGUCCUAAGUGAUUGAGUACCCACCUGUUGUCACUUUCCCCUUUUCCAGACUAAUUUAAAAUUCUAUUGUCCUUCUAAUGAUAUAACUGAGAGCAUGGUAAGCUAAAAUGCUCUUCAGAUCCAUUGAGAGGGAUCCAGCAGUCUCUAAGUAAAAGGAACCUGAUUAAUGACAGGAAUUAUUAUCUCUUAUCCAGAAAGUCUGAAUAGUUCUGUGAUGUGCAAUUUCUUUUUCACAACUUUUGAAUACAAGCAGUUCUUCAUUCUUGUUUGUCCAUCAAAAUUUGAUUUGUGUGUCAUUUCAUUAGAUGACUCUUAUUUUCCCCACAAACUUUAUUUGAAAAUAGCUAUGUUGUGAGCACACUUUCUUCCAGUGAAAUGAAAGUUGUGGCUGACCUUGUGUAUAGAUUUGAUGACUGCUGUCACAGAACGAACAUCAGUAAUGCUUAAUUCAUUGGAUGUGGUUUCCAGAAAUAGCUUAGAGCUUAAGGAACUAGUAAUGGCUACAUUUAGAGUCCAGGUUCUCCUCCUCUCACAGAUUUUGAAGCUUAUCCUAUUAGGAAUGUAACGCUUAUAAAAGCUGAUUUUGUCUGUCAGAACUAAACUUCCAGUGGACUCCUGUCUAAUCCACCUGGAUGAGGUUCUGUUGUUUUGUUCACUGGGACAGGAGUUGGGAGUGGAAGCAUUGAUUCUGUAUUAAGUUACUUCUGUUCUUGAGUAGCUGCAACCAACAUUCCCUCUAAUUUUCUGCUAGUGCUUGGUAGCCCCCCACACACAUGUGGUGUUCAAAUGAAUGGCAACACUGGCUUGGCUAUGUGCCACCAAUGCAGCCACACAGCUUAGAGGGAAUGUUGGCUGCACCCCAUGCUGUUACAUUUCCAGUUCUCUUCACGACUCUGCCAUUCAUCUUUGCCAAGGAAAAUGAGAACUGGCUAUGUUGAAGAGCAAAGACUGUUAAGCUGUGAUCCCCUUUGCACUGUACUUUAUGCACUUUACCUUGUUCAAUGUUCCUUGGUAACUCUUGCUAAGGAUUCAUUUCUUACCAGCACAAGCUGCUUUGUAAACUGUUCUGCAUCAUAUUUCCAGUGAUCAGCUUAAAUCCUGAUGAACUAAUGUUUUAAGACUUCUGAUAAACGAGGAGCCUCUGUCAAUCAGGAACAAGAAUAAAAUGUGUUUUGUCAAUUUAUUGGUUUUAUGUAACUGUAGCAAAUGUUAGAAGUUAAUAUGUUACAUGCCUGAGGACAAACAACUAUCUGCAUCACAGAUUAAAGACAAAUGCCUAAAAACUAUGACAAAAGAACAGUGUAAAUUUUUAUAUUUUAUUUUGGUAUGAUGUGUCAAAGUCCAGUAAAGACACUUUCAAGCAAAGAAAAAUGUAAUUUCAUAGAAUGAUCCUUCACAUAAUUUUAAAGGCCAUCUCCUUAAUUUCAGUAAAACUCCUUUGUAAAUGAAGCCAAUCAGAAAGCAGACAUUUGUGUCAUACAGCUAUGAAUGCAUCUGGCUCCAAUAUCCUGUAGAAACACCUUUAUCGCACUAGUUUUUUUUUUAAACUGCAUUGACUCUGGAUCUUAGUAAGAGAUCUUUAUCUAAAGAGAGACCAGCUUUAUUUUUAAGAUCAUUUAUCAGCCUUGAGAUACCUUUUCUUCUGGAAUAAGGAAUGUUUUUCUCUGUGGGUGCCAGACA